AUGACCGAGACGUCGACCGAACAGAUCGCGCUGGAGGUGCUGAGCGCGCAGGCGCCGGGGGCGUUCCUGGUGCGCGGCAGCACGACGCAGGCGGAGUGCCUGGCGCUCUCGCUGCGGGUACCGCGGGACUUCGCCGCGCACGGCAUCGCGCACUAUCUCAUCCUGCGCACCCCCAAGGGCUACAAGAUAAAGGGUUUCACGAAGGAGUUCGGCUCGCUGGCUGCGCUCGUCACCCACCACAGCGUGAUGCCCGAGCUGCUGCCGGUGCCGCUGCGGCUGCCGCGCGCUCCGCCCCGGCCCCGCGCCGACCUCGAGCCUCUCGAGCGCCUCGCCCCCCCGCCCUCCCCGCACCCCACGCCUCCCGCCCCGCCCGUCAGGUGCGCCAACAUCCUGUAG